AUGGAGGGACUACUCAACGAGCUGGCUACCGGCGUUGCGGCAAGUUCGAGAAGGAAAGAGGCCAAGCGGUCCACACCCACGACAACGACGAGUGAGACCUCCAGGCUGGAUCUACGGGAGACGACGCACCAGGAGGCUGAGCACCCAAGCUCUUCUUUCCAGACUGGAAGUGACAGUGCCUCCUCCAAUGCUCCUGUUGGGGGGGUGCACUACCCUGCCUCCGGUAAGGUUAGUGGUCUCCACACCUCACCUGCGAGCACUUCAACAUGCGGGUUGACACUCACUACCAUCCAGAAGAUCGAAGAACCUCCACUUGAUCAUGAUUCUCCCGAUGCAGGGCCGAUGAAGGCUCCAGCUGCCUCGAGCCGAUGUUCCGAUGAGCAGGAGACCAGACAACGGUCAUCUGCUGCUAGGAGAUCCAGCACCAUAGAGCCACGGCCCGAGGAAAGAACACGAUCGUCUGCAGCCCGGAGGGCCAGUACCAUUGAGCCACGGCCCCAUCUACUCCUGGUACAAGCGCCACUAGAGGUGAGAGAAGUCAAGCACCGUCUACUUAGGGAAGCGAAAUCGGCAGUGCUCAGGCUGAUUCCGCAUGGAGACGACCUUCAUACUUUCCUCAACGGCUACUUCAGGCGGCACCAUGCAACGUACCACGCCAACCCGGUGAACAUGCCCUCGUGUGGGAACUGGAUAUGGUCGCUUACUGCAGCAUUGAUGACAAGGCCGGAAUACCACCCCAACGUCUGGAGGCGUAGCCACGCGGGAAAACUGGGCGACGCGGUAGAGGGAUAUCUGUACACGUUAUACCAGAGCCAGACGGCGGGGAACCUUGCCCUGCUGGCCACCUAUGGGGAGGCUGCAAAGUACCUCCACGACCUGAUGCAAGGAAUCCCGCACGCCAUCUACUACCGCCUGAGCUGGAGGCAGUCACUUGACUCGCUCACGGAGAUUCUCGAACCAUGGAUAGGAGCAGCGUCUACACAGGACAUGCGGUCCUCGCACCCCGUCUUGACACUGGCGAUACUCGACCGCAACGAAUCCACAGCCGUGACAGUUGAGGCGGAAAACACAGGGCUGGACAAGCAGCAGACAAUGAACAGGAGGGAGGAGAGACAUGGACCUCAUGGAAAAGAUGGGAGUGGAGAAACACUCCCCAUCGACCACAUAGAGGGGGCAAGCCCUUCUAACUCUGGUGAAGCUGGUGGUCUCCACACUUCACCCGUGGUCGGCCUGGUACCUGAGCCAAUGCUCACAACCCUCAAAAAGCAGGCGGAGCCUCCACUUACUCUUGAUCUCCUCGUUGCACCGCAGACACAGUUGCCAGCUGCUUCGAGCCAGGGCCUUGGCGAGCAAGAGGCCAAUCCGCGAUCGACUGCAGCUAGGAGGUCCAAUACCAAUGAACCACGACCAGAGGCAAGACAACGAUCGUCUGCUGCACGGAGGGCUAGUGCAGUGGAACCACGGCCCCAUCUACUCCUAGCACAAGCACCAGAGGAGGUACGACACGCUAAGCAGCGCCUACUUCAGGAAGCGAAAUCUGCAGUGGUCAAGCUCAUUCCGCAUGGAGACGAUCUCCACCACUUCCUCCACGGCUACUUCAGGCAGCAUCAUGCGACGUAUCACACCAGCCCGAUGAACAUGCCCGCCUGCGGAAACUGGAUUUGGUCGCUCACAGCGGCUUUGAUGACAAGGCCGGAGAGCCACCCCAAUGUCUGGACACGCAGGCAGGCGGGCAAGCUGGGUGACGCGGUUGAGGGCUAUCUCUACACGUUGUACCAGAAACAGACGGUGGAGAGUCUUGCCCUGCUGGCCAUCUACGGGGAGGCAGCGAGGCACCUCCACGACCUAAUGCAAGGAAUCCCACAUGCUAUUUACUACCGCCUAAGCUGGCGGCAGUCGCUCGACACGCUCGAAGAGCUCCUCGAGCCGUGGAUAGGAGUGUCAGAUGCACAGGACAAGCGGUCUCCGCGUCCUGCAGUGCCACUGUCAAUUCUCGACAGCAAAAAAGGGCCAUGCAAUCAGCUUGCGACACAAACUGCUGCCUGUACACAUGUCGCAUCAAAUGUCGCAAAUGGCGACUACGACCGACCGUCAGACGCAGACACCUACGAGGCAGGAGGUGGGGCACAGCAACGUCUCAAGGUCCUGUCCAUCAAUGUUAACAGCCUAAGCGGGUUCCUCUGGGGUGAAGUCAAGGCGUUUCUUGGUGGAGAGGGCCUGCAGUAUGACUUCAUAUUCCUACAGGAAACGCAUCGCACUGCCUUUUGCGCAUUCAAGGUUGACAACUGGAUGGCAGUUGGCUCCUCAACAAAACGGGGAGAGGGUGUGCUCACACUGGUUCAUCCACGUUACGAUGCCUCCAUGGUUCGUUACCAGGAGAUAAUCCCAGGCAGAGUUCUAAGAGUAAAGGUAUGCCACAAAGAGGCAGCCAUCGAAACACUUAACAUAUACCAACAUGUUUGGAUACACACGGAUGAUCCGGAACAAAACAAACAGAGGCGGCAAACCCUGCUCGAUAAGUGCACUGCCACAAUACAGGGCAUGGCUAGAAGAGACACCCUGAUUCUAGCGGGAGAUUUUAACUCAGAGGUACACGCAGUAAACGGAUUGAUCGGGACACGCGUGAACCGCUCGGCCUAUCACCAAGCCCUUGACCCACUCACACUUCCAAGAUUCAUACAAGACAACGCCCUGGUUGCUCUAAACACUUGGCAUAUGAAGGACCCAUGCACCAACCACACCCGUACGGGCAACUCUCAGAUUGACUAUAUCCUUGUGCGCGCACCAAGUGCUGACACCAGAGCGAAGCAAGUAGUCAAACAAGAGGCACCCUUUGGGGCGUGGAAAGAGCUCACACACUCGGCCCUCAUUGCUGAUGUCCGAAUCAUCAAGCACUUCCACUUGCCCAAGGCCAAAAUGCAACAGGAACUACAAUACUCGAGACAUGACCUUGACUACGCGUAUCGCCAGAAGGAUCACCGAAUCACACAACUAAAGAGUAAAGUGGAGUUGGAGAUAAAUCAUAGCUUGAACCACGGCCUCCCACUGACUGCAGAUCACAUCAAUCACACAUUACUGCGUGAGGUCUCUGACCUCUUCCCAACAGCUACAUCAGCACACACCAAUCGAGGCCAAACCAAAGCACAGUGCAAAGCCAUCUUUGCUGCGUGGAAAGAGCUGUUGACCCACCCUGACGAAGUAGGUGGCUCGACCAUCACACUACCUGCCCGCGUCUACCACAUGUGGCAAAGACGUAGGGAUCUUCAGCGAUGCAAGCCAUUCACCCUGUCAGGAGUGCUUCGCACAUGGCAAUGGGUGCUCCUCUUCAACAAGGCAGGACGGCAGAGCAAGCAAUAUCAUCUCCAGCAUCAACGGGCCAUAGCACUGGGGCACUUACAGCAAGCUGAAAGGGCCGCUCAGACGCAUAACACGAAGCGUCUCUAUGGUGCAGUCAAGCGACUCCUGCCCUGGAAGCCCAAGCCCAGGAUCAUGCUUAAGCACCCGGAUGGAUCGCCCAUGUCUCUGCACCAGGAACACCAAGCACUUGUCCAACACUGCAAACAACUCUUCGCUCCCCCGGCGGCAUCUCCCACUCGACCAGGCCAGAUGCUUAGCAUGCCUUUGACUGCCUGUGAAUGGACGACACAGCUCAAAUGUACUCCUAUAGGCAAGGCCGUGCCUGCGGACUCCGCUCCGGCCACAGCAUGGAAGGCCUGCGCGACAAUUGUGGCGCCAGUCAUGGCCUGCAUAGCCAAAGGCCUACUCAGACCGGAUGGCAAGGCGUUUGCAGGCCACAUCAAAAAUCAGCUACUGAUGCAGGCCUGCGCCAGCCUUACUCAUACUCCACAGUAUGCAUACCUUCCGGCACGGGACACGUCGGAUGCGCUGGCAAGGGUUAACGCAUGCAUACAUGACAUCAAGGACGGUCUUAAGGCCUUGGGUGGGAAUAGGUUCCUGACGAGACAGCGCAAAGAAACUGGACAGGUCAAAGGCGAAUCAGGAGGGUGCCUCCUGUCAGUCGACCUCAGCCAAGCUUUUGAUCGUGUCAACCGUGCAAAACUAGAUAGAGCGUUGGCGCUCCACCAGGUUGAUGCUGACCUUAGAUCUACCGUCACCGCCAUCCACGAGCAGGCUGCUUACCAGGUCAGGGAUAAAUUUCACCGGACAGACAUAUGCACGACGCAAGGAAUUCGCCAGGGAUGUCGACUAGCACCAGCCCUAUGGGCCGUGCUGUCGUCUCAGUUACUCUGGGAUCUUACUCCCGCUGGUCAAACGCCGCUGCAGCUUCCAUUCACGUUGUUCGCCGAUGACCAUUUAGGCCAUUGGCUUCUCAAAACGGUGGAUGAUGCCAAGCAAAUGGAGGAGACGAUAGUGGCACUUUUUCACAUGUUGGAAACAUACGGGCUCAAGGUUAAUCCGGAUAAAUCCAGUUUGGUCAUUCGGGUCCAGGGAGCGCAACUUGAAAAAUUUGUCAAAAGCCGCACGGUUAUAGUUCGCAACCAGGACGAGGCGAUCCUGCCACGUGCGAAACUAAGACCUUUGAGUAUUGGCAAAUGCUACACAAACAACUUGCCAGCCAUGCUGUGGAACAACGCACUGUGA